UAAUUUUCCUUCCGUUUACAAGAGAGGCAUUAAUCAUGGUUGAUUCCAGACUUUGACAAUGCCCACGUAUACAUAAAACGACAUAAACUGGACUCACAAUAGCUCCAUUAACCCACCACCAUCCCUUGUCAAAACCAGCACCAUGAAACUCUCUUUCAUCCCUUCCUCUCCUCUGCAACAACUCACAUUGACUCUCCUCACUUUCACCACUUUUAUCAACUUACCCUUUUCUCCUUCCUCCGGCCACGACUACCGAGACGCAUUAUCCAAGUCAAUCUUAUUCUUCGAAGGCCAAAGGUCAGGCUACUUGCCGCAAGACCAACGCAUAACUUGGCGUUCGAACUCGGGCCUCAGCGACGGCUGGACCUUUAACACGAGUUUGGUUGGUGGGUACUACGACGCCGGUGAUAAUGUGAAGUUUAAUUUCCCCAUGGCUUUCACCACCACUCUUUUAUCCUGGAGCGUCAUCGAAUUCGGUGACUCAAUGCCGCCAGAUGAACUCAGAAACGCUCUGGUUGCCGUCCGUUGGGCCACUGAUUAUUUACUCAAGACUGUUUCUGAGCCUAACCGGAUUUUUGUACAGGUGGGUGAUCCAAAUAUAGAUCAUAACUGCUGGGAGAGACCUGAGGACAUGGACACUGCAAGGACUGUGUAUGCUGUUGAUGCACCAAACCCAGCUUCUGAUGUUGCUGGUGAGACUGCAGCUGCUUUUGCUGCUUCAUCCAUGGCAUUCCGGUCGUUGGACCCGGGAUAUGCAGAGACAUUACUGAGAGCUGCAGUGAGCGCCUUUCAAUUUGCAGACACCUAUAGAGGAGCUUAUAGUGAUAACUCCUAUAUCAAAGAGGGUGCUUGCCCAUUCUAUUGUGACUUUGAUGGAUAUCAAGUAAGUAAUGAUGAACUGCUAUGGGGUGCAGCUUGGUUAAGGAGGGCAUCUCAAGAAGAUUCGUACCUUUAUUACAUUGAAGCCAAUGGUGAAACACUUGGUGCUGACGAAAAUAUAAAUGAAUUUGGGUGGGACAACAAGCAUGCUGGUAUAAAUGUUCUAGUCUCUAAGGAAGUCUUAGAAGGAAACAUGUACUCACUACAAUCAUAUAAAGCAUCUGCUGAUAGCUUCAUGUGUACAUUAAUCCCAGAGUCAUCAGGAUCCCACAUAGAAUACACUCCUGGUGGCCUAAUUUACAAGCCUGGAGGCAGCAACCUGCAACAUGCCACAAUCAUUUCAUUUCUGCUUCUGGUUUAUGCAAAAUACCUAGCUGAAACUUCACAAGCUGUCAAUUGUGGUAAUGUAUAUGUUACUCCCUCUUGGCUUCGCGAACAAGCUAAAAAACAGGUUGAUUACAUUUUAGGAGACAACCCUAUGGGAUUAUCAUACAUGGUUGGUUAUGGAAACUAUUAUCCACUACGCAUUCACCACCGUGGUUCAUCAUUACCAUCGAUUAAGGACCACCCUCAAUUCAUUGCCUGCAAGGAGGGUUCAAUUUAUUUUAACUCGACAAAUCCGAAUCCUAAUGUGUUGGUUGGAGCUGUGGUUGGAGGGCCUGGAGAAGAUGAUGAGUAUGAGGAUGACAGAGCUGAUUUCAGGAAGUCGGAACCAACAACUUAUAUUAAUGCACCAUUUGUUGGUGUACUUGCUUAUUUUGCUGCUAAUCCUUCUCCCAGUUAGCAGGAAAUAGACUCAGUUUGUGCAUAAUUUUGCAGUUAUUUCAGCCAUUUGAAAGUAGGAAAAAGUGGUCUCUCAUCUUGGAUGAAAGAAACCAAGAGGGAAGAGGCUUGUUUAGUUGCUCAAGUUUUAGAGAUUUACAAGAAUUCCUUGUCUACUAAGGGACGAGGCCUGCCAAUCAGUGUAAAAUCUUGUAUGAUUUCAUUUAAAGAUGAAUUCAAGUCAAACCAAAUUUGAACAA